AUGGAGGAAAAUCAGGGACUAAAACAUAUGUGCAAGUUUUGUAGCAAAAGCUUUCCCUCGGGUAGAUCUUUGGGAGGCCAUAUGAGGUCUCAUUUGAUCAAUAUUUCAUCUGAUGAGAAAUUGAUCAAAAAAAAGAAGCUCCCACCUCUUACCAAUUCGAAAAGUAACUCCGAAAUCGUUUACGAACUGAGGGAGAAUCCGAAGAAGACGAACAAAUUCUCUAAGUCAUCAAACGAUGAUGAGGAUAGUUUGUUGGACAAGAUUUGUAAGGAAUGUGGAAAAAGUUUCCAAUCUUGGAAAGCUUUGUUUGGUCACAUGAAGUGCCACUCUGUAAAUGGAAGGACCAUUUCUGGUGUCGAAGAGGAUUCUUGGAACGGGUCGAAUGAUCAUCUGAAGCCGGAUUUGGAUAGCGAAUCGGAUAAUGAAGGCUUGAAUCCGUGCAGACGAAAGAGAUCGGAUAGAAUGAUCAAAAGGUACAACACUUCAUCUUCUUUAAGUACUAUUGCUGCUAAUGUUUCGCCCUGCAUUUCUGAGAUUGAUCAGCAAGAACAAGAAGAGGUUGCCAUUAGUUUAAUUAUGCUUUCGAGGGAUUUGAGUGUUAUGAAUUCUGUUCUUGAUCAAUCCUCUGAGAAUAAUUCUAACUUUUUAGAGUCGAACAAAAUUACUCUACUGAACACCAAGAAAUCAAAGUCUGAUGAAGAAACAUUCGGAUUCAAAACUCCUGUUAUUCCAAUAAAUGGCCUCAAAAUGAGCAAAUCUCGUGUUUCUGCAUAUGGGUUUCUAGAGAAAAAGAAUCUUGAUAACGAGUCCGAAGUUAACUCCCCCAAGAAAUUGAUUAAGAACGGUGGAUCGGAAAAGUUUGAGAUAGAUUCUAAUAAGAAGAAGUUAAGCAAGAGAAAAUGCAUUGAUUCAUAUGAUCCUCAGUUGAGUGUACCUGAGGUUUUCCAAGAAAAAGUUGCUUAUUGUGGUACUUAUGAUUAUGAAUUCUGUGAGAAAAUAAGAAGAUUUGAGUGCACACAUUGUCACAAGGCCUUUUCCUCUUAUCAAGCACUUGGAGGCCAUAGAGCUAGCCACAAGAAAUUCAAAGGCUGCUGCACUCCAAACAGCGAAAACAGACUCGAUACUGAUCAAAUUUUGCAAAAUCCAACUGCGAAUGGUGAAGUCCCGAUUGAUAUUUUCGCAAUGAAGUCGGAAUCAGAAGUCGGGUUCAAGAAUAUUUCAAAGGAUCACAAAUGCCCGAUUUGCUUUAAAGUUUUUGCAUCGGGCCAAGCCUUAGGUGGACACAAGAGAUCACAUUUAAUUCGUGAGGAGAAAAGCAAUCCAACUAUUGUGAUUGAAAAAGAAGAACCAAUUCCUGCAGGAAUUCGAGAUAUCCUCGAUCUCAACUUGCCUGCACCUGUCGAAGAAGAUCUCAGUAACGAUCAACUCGGGUUGAAGCCAUGGUGGAGAGGAACCAGCAGCCUCAAGCACGAGCUACUACUCGGCCUACUCUCCAGCUGA